AUGGUGAUGAUUUUAAGAAAUCUGAGCAUGGAGCCCAACUUUGCCCUCUUAGGUUUCACAGAUUACCCAGAGCUUCAGAUUCCUCUCUUCCUUGUGUUUCUGCUCAUGUAUGUGAUCACCGUAGUAGGAAACCUUGGGAUGAUAGUAAUCAUCAAGAUUAACCCCAAAUUUCACACUCCUAUGUACUUUUUCCUGAGUCACCUCUCUUUUGUUGAUUUUUGUUACUCUUCCAUUGUCACUCCCAAGCUGCUUGAGAACUUGGUAAUGGCAGAUAAAAGCAUCUUCUACUUUAGCUGCAUGAUGCAAUACUUCCUGUCCUGCACUGCUGUGGUGACAGAGUCUUUCUUGCUGGCAGUGAUGGCCUAUGACCGCUUUGUGGCCAUCUGCAAUCCUCUGCUUUAUACAGUGGCCAUGUCACAGAGGCUCUGUGCCCUGCUGGUGGCUGGGUCAUAUCUCUGGGGCAUGUUUGGCCCCUUGGUACUCCUCUGUUAUGCUCUCCGGCUAAACUUUUCUGGAUCUAAUGUGAUCAACCAUUUCUUUUGUGAGUAUACCGCUCUCAUCGCUGUCUCUAGCUCUGAUACACUCAUCCCUCACCUGCUGCUUUUUGGCUUUGCCACCUUCAACGAGGUGAGUACACUACUGAUCAUCCUCACUUCCUAUGUUUUUAUUUUUGUGACGGUACUAAAAAUACGCUCUGCCAGUGGGCGCCACAAAGCAUUUUCCACCUGUGCCUCCCACCUGACUGCUAUCACCAUCUUCCAUGGGACCAUCCUCUCCCUUUACUGUGUACCCAACUCCAAAAACUCUCGGCAAACAGUAAAAGUGGCCUCUGUAUUUUACACAGUUGUCAACCCCAUGCUAAACCCUCUGAUCUACAGCCUAAGAAACAAAGACGUGAAGGAUGCUUUCCGGAAAUUAAUACACACAAAAGUUCCAUUUCACUGA